AUGGACAAGAAAAAACACAAGCGGUUAGAUGAUGGAAUCAUGAAACCAUCAGAUUUGAAAAAGUCUAGAAUAGUUCGAGGAACAGCAGCGAGUAGCAGUGGAACUUCUGUUUCUAGUAGUUCAGGAACUGGAAUUAAACCAAAAUUGGAUUUUCGAGGAGUGGCUGCAGCAAACAAGCAAUCAACAAUUGCAACGAAUACAUUCACAAAUAUUGGAAUGAGACCAAUUUUGGAUGACAAAUGGAAAGAAUUUGGUGACACUAUUAAUUUGAAUCCGGAAAAUUAUCAUAAAAGUAUUUUGGAAGCAAUUGAACAGGAAAAACAUCUGAAAGUUGCUCGACUUAUUGUCGCUGCUCUCAAACAUUUCACUCAAAAUGAGAAAAUAUGCCUGGAAUUGAGAAUUAUUGGAGCGAUCGCAGAUGCUAUCAAAAAAGUUGGAGAUAAACUUAAUGUAAGUAUAAAAUUUGAAUUUCUUAUUAGUUAAAACUAGAAUAUUUUCAGCAAACCGCGGUUCACAAAGGUUUUCUUUAUAUUAUCUCAAAUUCCCGCCAACUUCCAGAGAAAAUUCAAGAAUUACUUGUUUCAAUUCUAACAACUUUGGCUUCAAAACAACAAGCUUUAGAUGGUUGUUAUAUUUUAGCUUUUUUGAAUGAUGCAGUUGGGACAAAUGUUGGAAUUGGAACUGCAAAUAAAAGUUGCUGGAUAGACAAGGUAAUAUUCAUAAUUGUUUUCCAUAAAAUAUUUAUCAAUGCUUUCAGCCGUAUUCGGAAGAAUUAGUACAUUUGAUACUUCGACCUUUCGAAACUGUUUAUCCAACACAAGAAUUAUAUUCUGCUUGUCAAAUUGAAAAUUUUUCUCCUGGCGAGUAUUUUCCAAAAUUCUCAAACUCAUUUGAAAUGAAUGAAAAUCGAAGAACACAAAUAAUUGGUUUCGUUGAUGUUAUCAAAAGUUGGUUUGAUAAUAUUCGAGGUGAAAAUAUUCCAAAAUCUGUUUUUCGAACACUUGGAAUAUUUUGUGGUUGUGAACAAGUAAGACAAUUCAUAUCAACAAGACUUGAAAUUUGGAUAACAUCGCAAAAGGUAAAUUAUUCAUUUAUUUUGAAAACAUAACUUAGAUUUUUGGUUGUUUAGUUUCAUCGAGAAAUCAGUGAACUUUUAUUGAUUCUUGGUUGCAAUAUAAAUGCUGAAAAGGAAUUAGAUCGAGAAUUUAUUGAAGUUAUUUUAAAAUUAAACACGAAAAUAAUGAAAACUCGAACAAUUUCGGCUCCUUUCAAUGUGGCUAUCAGAAAAAUUUGCGAAAAUCCUAUAAAUGUUCGAUUUAUGUUUGAAUCAUUGAUGUUGAGCGAAAUUGGACAAAUUCAAAACAGGUAAGAAUCUAAUUAAAGUUAUUUUGAAAAGAAAACGUUAUUUCUUGAUAUCAGAUCAACUUCGAAUUUUCCAACAAUGUUUAUGCUUUUGGGAAUACAACCAAUUGAAUCAACAAAUACAAUCGGAAGAUGUUGUGCUUAUUUAUUAGUCAAAGAAAAAGAAGCUUGUAUGAAAACAUUGAGAAGCUUUUUGAAAGAAUUGGUAAGUUAAUUGUAUUUUUCAUGAUUCAUAAUUGUUUUGAAACAGAUUCGAGGAUUCAAUCAUACUCGAAAUGGCGAAUUCCCAUUUUCUAUAUUUGCUCAUUCAUUUCUUGACAGAAUCUCUUUAGAAGGUGAAAGUGAAACUGGAAUUGAUACUGAAUUGCCAAGACUUGUUUGUGAACUUCUUUGCCAAGUUCCACUGUUUACAAUUACUUCAUUAUUAGUAACUCGAGAAAAUGCAUUUGCCGCAAAAUAUAAUAUUUCUUCUUCGAACGGAGAACCAGUAUUGGUAAAUAAUUAAUUUUUGUAAAUUCAAUAACAACGAUCGGUUUUUUUAGAUCCCACCAGAAGCUAGAAUAACUCGUGAAAAGUUUCAACAAGAAUAUCGAUUGUAUUGUGAAGUUUUUCUCAAGUAGGACGAAAACUAUUUUUAUUUGAUUAGUAAAUUUCAAUUUUUAGAUGGUUGGCCAAAGAGAAAAUGGCAUUUCCGGAUGAUAAUGUUCAUUUACAAUGUUAUUAUCUUCUUUUCUAUUUGGAAAAACAUCGAGAAGUUUAUACAAAUGUUGAAGGAGCCGCUGUAAAUGAUGUUGAUUUACCAAAUUGUAUUCGAAUUUUUGGAGAAUGUGGGAUUUCUGAGAAAAUGAUUAUGCUGGUAAACUUUUUUUUUGAAAAUAAUCUGAUAUAUUAUUUUUAUUUGAUAUUUUUUUCAGUUAUUCGGUGAAGUAUGUUGUGCAAUUCCGAAUAAAAACUCACUCGAAAUUGCAACUUUGAUAACUCAACGAGCUGCUGCAAAUUAUCCAAAAUUCAGUGAAACAUCAAUUCUUGAAUUUGUUAAUAUUGAUCCUUUCAAAUUGAUCGAUCGAACAUUACAAAUAUCAGUUUAUGGAUUGGAUGAAUUGACUCGAUUACCUGAAAUGCCACUUAUUUCAUCAAAAAGUUUAUAUUGGAUGGCAUGGAAUUUGAUUGUUUUAUGGUUAAUUGCUGGAUCAAAGAUAUCUUCUCGUUUUGAUUCGAUCUAUUCUUCAUAUCCAACUUUGAGAUAUUUGAUUCAUGCAAUUCUUGUGAGAAAAUUUGAAUUCCCUAUGAAUUUUGAAGGAAAAACCAGUCAAGCAAUGAUGGAUGAAGAUGAUUCAAUUAUGGCGAAAGAAGCACUUGUAAGAUUUUUUAAAAAAAUUUGUGAUUAUUUAGACAAUUAUUUCAUUUAUUUUAGAUGUUAUCACAAUAUGAGAAAAUUAUGUCACUUCCACAAAAUUCAUUAGUCAACACAUCUUGUGUAUUCAUAACAAAGUAAGUCAAAAUGUUUAUUUCAAUUUUUUUCAAUUAAAUAAUUUCAGGGAACAUUUACGAGUUCCUCCAUCUUUUGAUGAUAUUCGUAUAAUUUCUGAUAAAUAUCGUUUAACUGCUCGACUUUGUUUAUGCGAAUCUCCUCCGCUUCUGAAAAAUUUAAUCGAAAUGGUUGGAGCUCAGAAUUCAUUAUCAGCAAUCAAAGAAAUGUUAUCUGUUGAUUCUUCAACUGUUGACAAAUUAACUUCUGAAUGCUUAUUUCAUGCAUUGGUUUAUUAUUUUGAUUUAUCGAAACGAGAAAAAGAAUCAAACAAUAUUAUGAAUGCGGUAAUUUGUUUUAACUCAUAAUUGAAAAAAAAAUAAAAGUUUUUCAGCUGAUCAAAAGAACAAAAACAAAUCUUGAAUCUGAAAAUGAAAUAGAUAAUGAUAUUCUUCUUCGAACACUUAUUUCAUCGUUAUCUUCAUCAAAUUCAAUUGAAAGAUCAGCUGCAGUUUCAGUAUUUGCUCAAAUAUUUCCAUCGAUCGAAGACAAUAAACAUUUUCAUAUGUCAUCAAUUUCAAAAAUCCCGAGAUUUGAAGCGAAAAAAGCGGAGUUUUUGGAAACAAUUGCGACUGCUGUGAAAAUGGAAUCUGAUACAAAUGUUUCGAAAAUGUAUUUGACCUUUUUGUCUGAAAAUUUCGAGAAAUCAUCAAUGCACAAAAUCGCGAAAAUCAUAUGUUCAACUGUUUUGCUCGAUCGAUUUUCAUUGAGAAAUUCAUUAUGUGAUUUUUUCGUGAAUUAUAUCGAUUCAUGUAUUGAACUUUGUAAAUUUGAUGGAAAUUUAGAGAAUGUCGAGAAAAAUGGUUUGAAAGUUAUUGAAAUUGCAACAACAAGAGUGAGUUUUUAUUUUGAACAACAUCCGGUGAAAAAUAUUGAUUUUUAGAUUUUAAUUGAUGAUGAAACACCAAAUUCAAUAAUUCGAUUAUUAUCAAAAUAUUCUGGAGAAGAUAAGAGUGAUUCGAAACCUUUUGAAAAUCUUUUGGAAUUAUGGUUAUCUCCUGGCUCUGUUCCAAAAAUUAUAAAUCUCAAAACCGGACAACCAGAAAAGUUUUUGUGUCUUCCGAUGAGAAAAGAAAUGCUGAAAUCAGCAGAUCAACGAGUUGUUGAAGCAGCUUUGGAUGAAAUGAGUGAAAGUGAUGCACAAUCAUUUGUAUUAGUUAGUCAAAUGUCUAAUGAAACUGCUGAUAAAGUACUAUCGAAAGCGGAAAAUGUGAGUUUUAUAUUUCAUUUUUCUAGUCGCAUAUAUAAUUUCUUCAGAUGAAUGUUUCUGAACUUGAUUUUGCAACUCUUUCAAAUAUUUAUAUUAUAAUACGUGGAUAUCGAUUGAAAGGUGUUAAAUCUGGAGAAAAAUUAGUUGAAAAUGUUCGAUCUCGUUUGGAUUCGAUUCGACAAACUGUUAAAGAUGAACCUAUGAUUAUUGAUUCUUUCGAAAAUGCAACUAUCAAACCUGCUCCAUUUAUUAGUCAAACAGAUGGAGAUGUUUUUAAAUUCUCAUUAGAAAAUAUGACGAUGACUUCCGAUGAAAUAUCUGCAUGGUUAAAGGUAUCUUUAUGAUCGAAUUAUUUGAUUAUAUUGAUUUGAAAAUACAUUUUUUCAGACAAAUUGUUCAAUUAGUGCAAAAACCCCAGUUGUUUUCAAUCUUCCACCCGAAUUUGUUCAAUCUGCAAUUUCAAAUGAACAAUCUGCAUUAGCUUGUUUACAAAUUAUAGAAACAAAUCUCAAAUUUUUCCUAUCAAAUGAAUCCGCAUUCCAUACUUUGGUGGUAAUUGUUGAUACUGCUUCUCAUAAGGUAUCUCACACAUUUUUCCUUAAUUUAUUCAAAUUUCAUUAAUUAAGUUAAAUUUCAGUUCAAUUCGGUUCGAACACGUUUGGAAACUUUGGCAGUUCGACUUUUAAAAAGUGUUAAUCCACCUGCAAGUGUUAGUGGAGUUCUCAAAAAACAUGCAUCAACAUCGACAAAAUCAGCAUUAUCAGCAGAUGAAAUAAGUAUGAACACGUUUUCGAAGUUUAGUGAAAUUGCAGAAUGGUUGAAAGCAAAUGAAAAUUCGAAACAAAAGAGGAAUGUGUUAUCACAUUUUAUGUCUAAUUUUAUUGAUUCGGAUGGUUUAAAAGAGGAAGAUGUUAUGGUUGUUGUAUGUUUUCUUUUUGAAGAUUUUAAAUACUUGUAAUCACAAGUUUUUUCCAGAUAAAAUCUGUUUGGGAAGUGCAUAAUGUUGGAACUAUCGAGAUUGCUGUGGAAAAAUGUAUUUGUGCUCCUUGGUCGCCAAAAUUGAAAAGAAGAAUAUGCCGGUUUUUGCUCGAAAAAUAUCAAACAAGGUUUUUAACAAUAUUAGGUUUUUGAGAGUAAAACAAUGUGUUUUUGCAGUGUUCCUACAUUACUUAUUUACCGAUUGAUUGAUUCGUAUUGUCAAACGUGGCCAAUUGCUUCAUAUCGACAACUUUUCUGUAAAGAAUCGGAAAAUUCAAUCAAUGAUAUUUCGUUGCAAUCACUUGCAAUGUAUUUGUCUGAAUUGGUUGGUUUGUUUUUUUUUUUGAAAGGGAGAUGAAUUCGAAAAAUUAAAAAAUAUAAUUGGAAGGUCCUCAGACGAAAAAAAAACUAACAUUUUGAUCUAGGUAAUUCAAAAUACAAAUUUUGGUUUUGAAAAAAAUGCCCUCUCAGUUUUUGGGUUUCGGAAUUUAAAAAAUUGAGAACAUGUUUUCACGUCGCUCUCCUGUCCCCUUUAGAAAAUACAUUUUUGCAGAGCUCAACAAAUGACAGUUUUGAUUGGAGUAUGAUUAGUUUGUUGACUAAAAUUGUAAGUUUGAAAUUUCCAAAAAAAAUCCUAUAUUUCUAUGGUUUUAGGAGAAAGAAGGAGGUAUUCAAGCAGGUUUUUGUAUUGGCCAACAAUUAUUACAAAUUUCCUGUGCUCAUCAAAAUGUGAAAAUCCGCGAAGGAGCUGAAAGAUUGCUUAAAUUAUUGUCUGAUCAAUUGAUUUGUAAGUUUUAUCAUCUAAAAAAACAUUUUCAUCACAAUAUUUUUAUCCAGAUUUAACAUAUAAAUCGGGUGUUGUUGGAAGUAUGAGAUUGACUUCAAAUAUAAUUUCUCGUGAUAAAUGUAUCAAAAAUUGUGAACGAAUUGUAGAUCAACUUAUUGAAGUUCAAACAGAUGCCAAUUUUCUUACGGUAUUUAUUUUUUUUGUAAUUUUGAAAAUCUGAAAUAUUUGCAGAUUGAUACUGUUUGUGAUGAUCCAAAUCCAAAUCCUUUGAAUCCCAUUGAGAAAAAUGAUGAACCAGCAACAAUUGGAAUGAAAAGACAUAUAAAUGAUAGAAGAGGAGGACCACCAAAUAAAAAAGGAAAAUGGAGAGGAGAAUCAGAAGAAGGAGAAAUAACACAGGAAAAUGAAACAAAAUCAAAUUCAACUGUAAUUGCUAUGCAACAAUUCAAUUCGAUGUUGAAAUUCUAUCCGAAUAUUGUUAAAACGUUAGUUUUUUGAAUCAUAUGAAUCCAGAAACCUUUUUUUUUUCAAUUUUCAGAAAAUUCCCAAUUCUCGCCAAUUUUAUUUCUCAAUUGACAGCGAAAAACAAAAAAGAAUUGAAAGAGGAAAAUCGUAUCAAAAAAGUCGAACUUGUUUUGAAUUGCAUUAUUGAAUUGAGUUUGCAUAUGAAAAAUGAUGAAUUCUCAUCAAUUGAAACUGCUCUCACAAAUUGUUUUGAAUUUUAUGAAAAACACGUGGAAGAAGGAUUGUUACAUGUGAAAGAACAAGUUGUAUUUUCUGAAUUGUUGUUGAAAGCAUGUUGUGCCUAUUUGAAUCGCAGUUCGAAUGAUGUAAGUUGAAAAUAUUUUAUUUCUAGGGAAACGUUUUUCGAAAUCAGAUGAACACUUUUUUCUUUAUUACUCAAAAAAAUUGUACAAAACAAGCGUGAAUCAAAGAAAAAACAUUUUAAAAUUGUGCUAGAAAUACAAUUCAGGAGAUUUCCUAAUUUCAGCUCAUUGUUUCCCAAAAGUUUUAAAAAUAUCUUAAAAUUUAGAACGAUUUUUUAAUUCGAACAAAUUCAAUAUUUUUUCAGGCUCGAAUUCUUCUUCGCGAUCAUCGCAUUCUUCUCGAUAGAAUUUGCAAAAGAUGUCGGUAUCCUUUUGAUGUCGAAUUAAUUAUCGAUAAUAUUACGGUUGUAUGAAAACAUCUGAAACUGGGUAUCAAAAAGUAUCUCUGUGAAUAAUUAUUUUAAGAAGUUUAUUUAUAUAAAAGUAUUGUAUUUUUACAUUUUCUCAUAAUUUUUUAUAAUCGAGUUUUAUUCUCCUAAUAUAAUUAUUUGGAAAAAAUUAGAGUUCUUCUUUUUGUAAUUUAUUUUUCAGGGUUAUAAGAGUUUGAAAUUUGGAAAAAUGAGUGACGAUUAUAUGGAGGAUGAUGAAGAUUAUGGAUUUGAAUAUGAAGAUGACAGUGGAUCUGAACCGGAUGUUGAUAUGGAAAAUCAAUAUUAUACAGCAAAAGGAUUGAGAUCGGAUGGAAAAUUGGAUGAAGCAAUAAAAGCAUUUGAAAAAGUAUUGGAAUUAGAAGAAGAAAAGGGAGAAUGGGGAUUUAAAGCGUUGAAACAAAUGAUCAAAAUUACUUUUGGACAGGUAUUUUGUUUUUAUUCUUGAUUUAAAAAAAAAUCUUGAUAUUUUAGAAUAACCUCGAAAAAAUGCUUGGAUAUUAUGGCGAACUUCUAACUUAUAUAAAAUCUGCGGUUACGAAAAACUAUUCGGAAAAAUCAAUCAAUGCAAUUCUUGAUUAUAUUUCAACAUCUCGACAAAUGAAUCUUCUUAAACAAUUUUAUGAAACAACACUCGAAGCAUUGAAAGAUGCGAAAAAUGAGAGACUUUGGUUCAAAACAAAUACGAAAUUGGGAAAAUUGUUUUUUGAUUUGAGAGAAUUUGAAAAAUUGGAGAAAAUAGUGAAACAAUUGAAAGGAUCGUGUAAAGAUGAACAAGGAGAAGAAGAUCAGAGAAAAGGAACACAAUUAUUGGAAAUUUAUGCAUUGGAAAUUCAAAUGUAUACAGAACAAAAGAAUAAUAAAGCAUUGAAAUCGGUUUAUGAAUUGGCAAAACAAGCGAUUCAAACGAAAUCUGCAAUUCCACAUCCACUUAUUCUUGGAGUUAUUCGAGGUUGGUGUUUUUUAAAGUUGAACAAUAGAAAAAUAAUCAAUGUUCAAAUGUUUGUUCUCAAAACAGACAGUGUUCAAACAGAUUUUAAAAAAAUUCUGUGGCGUCUCUCAUGCCGCUCUCCCUCACAAUUUUAUGCAUCUAAAGUAUAUUCACAGAAUUUUGUAAGGUAA